CGGCAUAUCGUGCAGAACAAUGCAAUAAGACCCCAGCUGUGACACCAGCGCCCUUCCUCCUCCCCGAGAUCUCGCGGCCAGCCUUUGCGGCCAAGAAGAAAACUGCCUGCGAGCUUAGAAUGUUGGAAGGACCCCACGACCAACUGAUUUGAGAGGGCUGAUCUGCCUUGUCCACCUUGUGCAUGAUGCAAGGGAACGGCGUGGUUGGGAUCCGCCGUGAAGACAAGACAGUCUGGGAGAGGAGGGCGCCACUGACGCCGCAACACGUCAAGCAGCUCAAGGAUGAGGGAGUCACAGUGAUCAUCCAGCCAUCCACAAAGCGCGCGUUCACUGACCAUGAGUACGAAGCAGCCGGAGGAAUCAUCCGAGAGAAUCUCUCCGGAGCAGCGACCAUCAUCGGUACAUACGGGCACACACGCAUAAUCGAUCACAGUGAUGGGAUCAUUGGAAGGCAGGCAAUUCAUAAUGAACGAAUGAAUCAUUUUGUGCUUCGUUCAUUCUUCACUGCUUCACUGCUUCAUGUGUGUAUGUGUGUAUGUGUGUGUGCAGGUGUGAAGGAGGUGCCAGCGCACAAGCUGCUGCCUCACCGGACAUACCUCUUCUUCAGCCACACCAUCAAGGGUCAGCUGGACAACAUGCCUUUGCUCGACAGCAUCCUCGAGAAGCGCGUCCGGCUCCUCGACUACGAGUGCAUCACUCAAGGCGGCCUUCGCGGCGGCCAAAGGCUGGUGGCCUUCGGAUCUUAUGCCGGCGUGGCCGGAAUGAUCGAUUUCAUGUGAGUGAGUGAUUUGAGUGACAGCGCCACACACAGAGACGCAGAUAGAUGCCGAUGGAUGGAUGGAUGUUUUGACACAUACAUCAUUCAGGCACGGUCUCGGCAAGCGCUACCUGAUGUUUGGCUACGCGACGCCCUUUUUGCAUGUGGCCCCGUCCUACACUUACGCCAGCGCCAAGGACGCCAAACAGGCCGUGGACCGCAUCGCAGCCGACAUCAGGCGAUACGGACUUCCCGCCGACGUCUGCCCCAUGACAUUCGUGUACACAGACACUCUGCAGAGGGGCCUUCACACGUGCACAUUGUGUGUAUGGGAUUGUUGCUGUGUGUCUGACAGGUUCACAGGGACAGGGAACGUGUCCAAGGGCGCCCAGGAGAUCGUGCGUCUUCUCCCCCACUCUUUCAUCGACCCCGAGCAGCUGCCCGCCCUGUUCGAGAGCCCCCCGGCCGACUGCACCACCCAGGUGUACGCUGUCCUCACCACAGCUCAGCACUUCGUGCAGCGGGCAGAUGGCGGGCCAUUUGACAAGGUCAGACACACAUAGAUACACAACCCAGCAAAGCCGGUCAGUCGACUGGUUUCGUUCCCUUUGUGUGUGUGCCCUUCCUUGUGCAGCAAGCGUACUAUGCUCAUCCCGAGCUGUAUCGACCAGUGUUCCAUUCCACCAUCCUGCCUUUCACGAGUGUGCUCAUCAAUGGCAUAUACUGGGAGCGGCGUUAUCCCCGCAUUGUGUCCAACGAGCAGCUGCGACAUCUCAAUCGGCAGGGCGGAGGUCCGUUCGGCGGGCUCCGGCUUGUUGGUGUGUGCGACGUCACGUGUGACCUCGAAGGCAGUGUGGAGUGUCUCAAGAAGACCACACUCAUCGACCAGCCAUUCUUCGUCUACAACCCAGAGACCGAGGAGUGCAUCGACGGUCGGCCCAUCCAUCCAUCCAUCCAUCAACCCGUAUACCUACCUGUCCAUCUGUCCAUGGCUGUGUUCAGGCGUCCGUGGCGACGGCAUCUUGAUGCUGGGUGUGGACCAAUUGCCGACCGAGUUCGCCACCGACGCCACGCAGUACUUCGGUGACCGCCUGCUGCCCUUCAUCAAGCCCCUGGCCUUCUCGGACGGCACCGUGCCAUACGAGGCCAUCACCGACCUCCCCGCCCCCCUCAAGGGCGCGUGCAUCGCCAUGGAUGGCAAGCUGACGCCGUUGUUUGAGUAUAUUGCCAAGGAGCGGAUGGUGACCGCGAGGGCGGCAGCUCAGAAGCAGCAGAUGGACCACCGGCUAGACCUAUCGGCGCCGCAGCUGGUGGUGGGGCUGGAGGGGCAUCUGUUCGACAGCGGCCUCAUUAACCACGCGCUUGACCUACUGGAGCAGUCGCAUGUGCAGUUCUCCGUACUCGACUUCAGACUCGGUGAGGGAAAACGGUCUGUCUAUCUGUCCGUGUGCAUCGUACUGUCCAUUGUGGCCUGUCUUGUUUGUUUUCUUCAGGUAUGGACACUGCCAACAAGUCGUUUGUGGCCCUCUCCCUCGUCGCAGAGAGGAAAAGGCUCCUGGUCAGCCAACCGGCCCCGCCACGCCCAGCCAGCCACACUGGUGCCUCCCUCUGUGCUUCUGUCUGUGUGUUUGCCAGACUGACGUGGUGAAGGAGCUGACAGCGCUGGCGGGGACGUUCCCCUUCCGCAAUGCCGAGGCGUCGGUGGUGCAGCUCAAGUACACGGGCGACCUCUCACGCAAACCCAAGAAACUCCUGCCGUCCAGACCGCCCUCUCAGCAGCUUCUCAUGGAUUAUCCGUCGUCUGUCGCACACGAAUUCUCGUACCACAUCCUGCUGCUGGGCGCAGGUACAUCCAAUCCACACACAGAGAGAGACGCCACACACACACGAGCUUUUGCGGUGCGGUGCGGUGUGUGGACGUAGGCAUGGUGGCUGGUCCGCUUGUGGAGUAUCUGUUGCGCAAGGGGGACUACAAGAUGACCAUCUGCAGUGUGCUGCUCGACGAGGCGCAGGCGCUGGCGUCACGACACACCAAGGCCACGCCCAUGCAGCUCGACCUCAGCGAGGAGGCCGGCAUGGACCGACUCAAGACGCUCGUCUCCGCGGCAGACGUGUGCGUGUCGCUCGUCCCCGCCCACCUGCACCCACUGGUCGCAGACAUCUGCAUCCAGCAGAAGAAACACUUGGUGACGGCCAGCUAUGUGUCGCCACAGAUGCAAGCCCUGCAUGGUGAGUCUAGUGUGUCAAAGGGAUGUCCUGAGGACAUAGCAAUACCAUCCCACUCGCUGCAUGCGUGUCGAUUGCGUCAGAUCGUGCUGUGGGUGCGGGCGUGAUGCUGGUCAACGAGGCUGGUCUUGAUCCGGGCAUCGAUCACAUGUCGGCCAUGGCCCUCAUCCACCGCCUCAGGCGGGACAAGCACACAAUCGUCGGCUUCCGGUCCUACUGUGGCGGUUUGCCGUCACCUGAGGCGGCAGACAACCCACUGGGGUACAAGUUUUCGUGGAGUGCGAGAGGCGUCCUCACUGCAUCCGUCGCACCGGCGAAAUACCGCCUCAACGGACAGGUGAGACCACACGUGCACACAGGUGAUGCGAUCGUCUUCCUUGCCAUGUCUGUGUGCCACAGGUGGUGGAUGUGCCCGGCGAGUCGCUGCUGCUGUCUGCCCAGCCCGUGUCAGUCACUAGCGCCUUCAACCUGGAGAUGCUGCCCAACCGUGACUCCAUCUCCUACGAGUCGCUCUACGAGAUCGAGAGCAUCCCCACUAUCAUCAGAGGCACUCUCAGAUACAGAGGCUUUUCCGACAUACUCGCCGGGUGCGUCAAACUGGGCCUCAUGGACGGCACUCCGAGACCAGACCUCACCCCCUCCCGCCCCCCCACACCGGCCCUGAUCAAGCAGGCCAGCAGCGGCGUCAGCGACGCCGGCAUGAGCCCUUCUGCCUCACCCGGCCUCACCUCCCACGACAGCGGCCAUCCCCACCACACACACCCCGUGUGGGCAGACGUCAUGCGCAACGUGCUGGGGCUGGAAGAGCGGACGGAUCUGAUGGACGAGGGCGAGAGGAACGCCGUGCUGGUGGAUGAGGUGGGCAAGAGGGUGCGGGAGAUGCUCGCCGGUGGCGACAUCGAUGGAGAGCGGCAUGUGAGGGUGAUGGGGGCGCUGGAGUGGCUGGGGCUGCUGUCUGAGGCGCAGCAGGUGCCGAUGAGGGGGUCGUUGGUGGAGGCUUUCUGCGCGUGUCUGCAGCAGAAGCUGGCAUAUAGCGAGGGCGAGCGCGACAUGGCACUCAUGCAACACACCAUCGAGUACCAAAGGUCCGUCGGUCAGCCAGGCAGCCUGUGCUGUGCUGUGACGGACAGACAGGCCAGAGGGGAUUGUGUAGUCACUGUCUGUCUGUCUGUCUGUCUGUUCUGUAGGUGUGGUGACGGGGCGAUGCGCCGUCUGCGGUCGACGCUAUGUGUGUAUGGCGACCAGCAGGCAACCGCCAUGGCCAAGGUAUGGUAUGGUAUGGCAUCCACACAACGUACCGACCGUACCCACAAAAGAGAGACACACUUACGGAUGGCUGGUGUGUGUAUGUCUGCUAAAUUAUGUGUACGCAACUCAACUCGUGUCUGCUGCAGACAGUGGGGUUCACCGCUGCCAUCUGCACCGAUCUCAUCCUUCAAGUGAGUGAGGGGGGCUUGGGGGGCUUGUGUGGUGAAGGAAGGACACCCAUACAUACUGACUGCAUCGCUUAUUGUGUCUGCCUGUGUAUUCCUGAAGGGUCGGCUGAAGGCGAGUGGUGUGGUCCGGCCUGUGUGCAGCGAGGUCUAUGUGCCGGCCCUAGAGGCGCUCAACAAGGAGGGCAUCUCCUUCCACGAGAGGGACGAGCCGCUGCCCAGCCACUGAAGUCUCUCGCGACGUGGGCAAUGGACUGUAGAGUAGAAGACAAGGUGGAUGGAUGGGCGACUGACACAGGAGGGAGGCGGAGAAGAGAGGAAAGGACGAGCAGCCACGUAUGUAUUUGUGGAACUCUGAUCGCAUCCAUCGCAUGUAUCUAUCUAUCGCUGCUGUGUGUGUCUGUUGUGUGAGUGAGAGUGAUAGAUACUUGUACAGUCAGUAUUAGUUCCUUCCUUGGUGUUUCCUCCUGUCCGUGCCGUGCCGUGCUGGUGUCUGUAUGUCGUCUUUUUUGUGGCGUGUGUUCUGUGCAUCUAGCUACCGAUAGAUCGGCAGACAGACAGAACUGCUAGAACGAACAGUGGAGAUCGAUCGCGUUAUCCAUACAAAUGGCCUUGUGUGUGU